AUGAAGAAAUGCAUACCCACGAAGAAAAGCCUCGGCAAAUUCUUUUCCUACACUCGCCUCCUCUUCUCGUUAGACUAUACCAAGACCGACGUCUUCCUCAUCGUAACGGGCGUCUUUUUCUCCAUCGCCGCCGGCAUUCCCUUCCCACUCCUCGGAAUCGUCUUCGGUGAACUGAUAAACGAUCUCAAUACGGCGACCUGCUCCCCAUCCGAAACAACAAACGCCGGCGUCACGGACGGAGUCCGCACAAAAGUGCUAUACGUGAUAUACAUCACGAUUGCCAAUUUCUGCUUCAUAUACAUCCACUGCAGCUGCUGGAGCUUGAUCAGCGAACGGAUAGCACGCCGCUAUCGACGCCGCUAUUUUGAGAGCGUCAUCAGACAAGAAACGGGUUAUAUCGAAAGUUUGCCAGCUGGCGAUGUCGUUUCCAGAUUGGUGGGCGAUAUCGAGGUCGUGCAGUCUGGUACCUCGGAGAAAGUGGGAUUGGUCAUUUCCACUGUCUCGUAUUUCGUGACUUCAUAUGUGGUUGCGUUCAUCAAGGUUCCCCAGAUUGCAGGCAUGCUGGUAUCUGUGGUGCCAUGUUAUUUUCUCAUGACAUUUGUUGGAGGUUAUUAUAUCAGAAAAUAUGCGGGACGUAUUUCUGGGCAUUCGGAUGCGGCUACGUCGAUUGCUUCGUCGAGUUUGUCACAUUUGAUGCUGGUGCAUGCUUUCAACGCCCACGAUCGGUUGGAGAGACUGUUCGCAAACCACAUCUCUGCGUCUCGCAUGGAUGCUCUCAAGAAAGCAGCCACACACGCCGGGCAAUUGGGAUUCCUCUAUUUUGUUGCAUACAGUGCAAAUGCAUUGGCCUUCUGGGAAGGCGCUCAAUUGAUCGCCGAUUCGGUUGAAGCCGGCGGCACGGGUGUAUCAGUUGGAGCUGUGUACACAGUUAUCUUCGUGCUGAUUGAUGCAUCGUUCAUUUUGAGUCAGGUUGCACCAUUUGUUCAUGUCUUUGCAUCUGCCGCUGGUGCGGCUGAUAGGCUUCUUGAAGUCAUCCAUCGCCAGUCCCAAAUUGAUGGCACUUCGGAUUCUGGUGGCAUGUCAGCGCCGUUUGAAUCGGAGGAUAUUACUUUCCGAGACGUACAUUUCACGUAUCCAUCUCGCCCCGAUGUACCAGUUUUGAAGGGCAUAGACUUUGCUAUCCCCGCCCGGAAACAUACGGCGAUCGUCGGACCCUCUGGAGGAGGCAAAUCAACUAUUGUGGCUUUGUUGGAACGCUUUUACGACCCAAUAUCUGGCGAAAUCCAGAUUGGCAAUCAAAGCUUCCGCGAUUUGAAUGUCAGAUAUCUCCGUGGAAACAUUGGCUUUGUGCAACAAGAGCCAUCGCUUCUUGACCGUUCAAUUCUGGAGAACAUCGCAUAUGGAAUGCUUACCUCUGUUGUCGAGCACCAUCAACCACUUGCGCCAUUCAUUUUUGAUUCAACACUACCGGAUCUGGUUGCCCAGCUGCGUACCGGUCUCUCGGAAAAGAAAGCUCUUGAGGGCCACGAUCCCAAAGUCGCUGAGAUAGUGAGCCUAGUCAGACAGGCCGCUGACAGUGCUAACGCUUUGAGCUUUAUCGAUGCUCUACCACAUGGGUUUGCAACAACUGCAGGCUCUUCUGGGAAUAUGCUUAGUGGAGGACAGAAGCAACGCAUUGCACUGGCGCGAGCCUUGGUUCGAGAGCCAUCAUUGCUGAUUCUCGAUGAAGCAACCGCAGCACUCGAUUCAACUAGCGAGAAGCUAAUCCAGGAGGCCUUAGCCAAGGUCUCUGAGCGUGUCACUACCGUUUCGAUUGCUCACCGUCUUGCAACUGCGAAAGAUGCGCACAAGAUUGUCCUUAUCAAGCAGGGUCGCGUCGCUGAAGAAGGCUCCCAUGCGGCACUGGUUGCCUUGGGCGGUUCUUACGCUGAAAUGGUGCGUUUGCAGAACCUAGGGAAGUUGAAAACAGGCUUGAAACAAGAUCCUAUCCGGCAAAGUCACGAAGCGGCUAUUGUCUCGGAGCUGCCUGUCGAUAACAAGGAGGCUUUGCUGGAUGUCAUUGGGACUGAUAUCGUCGAUGAAACUCUACCAGCAUAUGAAGCCAAGAAGGAAACAGAAAAAGAAAAGAAGAAACGUGAAAAGAAGGAAUUGAAGGACAAGCGGAAAAGCAAGCAUUCCGGCUGGUAUAUCACCAAAUUCACCCUCUCGUUAUUGCGUCCGAAUGUGCACUUCAUUCUGAUAGGUUUCGCCAUGUCUGUUGUGAUUGGGGGGAGUUAUUCGGCGGAAGCUGUCAUUUUCGGACACACGGUUGGCGCGCUGAUCCCUUGUGAUGGAGCAGAUGGAAUUCGACACAGUGGAAAUCUAUACGGACUGCUGUUCUUCAUCAUGGCUUUGGUUGAGCUGCUAGCCAACGUUGUCAGUGGUUGCGCUUAUGGCUGGGCCGCAGACAAGAUUCUAUACCGAAUUCGCGUGUUGUCCUUGCGAUCAUUGUUGAGCCAGACUGUCAAGUGGCACGGUGAUGAUGAUCGCUCGCCAAGCACUCUCGUCACAUAUAUCACCCGUGAUGCCACUGCACUCAGUAGUAUCACGGGCACGACCAUCGGCUUGCUGUUAGCCACUGCUGUGAACCUAAUUGCAGGCUUGGUGAUUUCUUUCGCCAUUGCGUGGAAAAUCACAAUCGUGUUGCUGCCCACGAUUCCAAUCCUUUUGAUUGCGGGUAUGAUGAAGUUACGCACUCAGGCGCAAUUCGCAGAAAGACAUCAGAAGGCAUUUGCAAAAGCAACAGCUAUCACCGUGGAAGCAGUCAACAACAUUCGUGCAGUGUCGGCAUUUUCCCUCGAAAGGCAGUCGUACUCUGUAUAUGAGCGAGCACUGAAAGCGCCGUAUCGUGAGACUCUGAAGUCCAUCGCAUUCGGAAACGUCUUCCUAGCUAUGGCUUUCAGCAUCAGUAACCUUGUUUAUGCCCUGGCAUAUUGGUGGGGUACUCGACAGAUCGUGGCUGGGCUGUACUCACAGACACAAUUCUUCAUCGUGCUACCGGCGCUGUUGUUCAGCACGCAGUCCUGUGGUCAGAUGUUCGCUCUUGCACCUGAUAUAUCGAAAGCGGGCCUGGCAGCCUCUAACAUUGCGGAGCUGCUCACGACCCGUUCCAGCGACGAAGAGCUCAAUCUUGAUAUCAAGAGCCACAGUUAUGACAUGCAUCUUCUGGAAGAGAAGAUCCCGGACCCAGAAGCCGCAUACCCGGAACAACAGCACUCGAAUUCGGCAGACGAGCCACCUCCAAUGAGUGGAAUCGGUGCUGAGCUCCAAAACAUACACUUCGAAUAUCCAUCGCGGCCCGGUCACCCUGUUCUCCGAGGCUUGAACCUGAAAAUCCAGCCGGGUCAUUUCUGUGCCUUGGUUGGACCAAGUGGAUCAGGCAAAUCGACAACUUUUGCAAUGCUGGAGCGUUUCUAUCGUCCCGAAUCUGGAAGUGUCCUAAUAGACAAUGUCAAUAUCACCCGUCAGCAGGGGACUCACUUCCGUGAUGAAAUCGCUCUUGUGCCUCAAGAAAACGUCAUGUUCGAAGGAACAGUCGCUUUCAACAUCGCUCUGGGUGCACGACCAGGACACGAGCCAUCCCAGCAAGAAAUUGAAGAAGCCUGCACCAUGGCAAAUGUGCAUGAAGUUAUCCUCGCUCUGCCAGACGGAUACCAGACGCAAUGCAGCCAAGACGGCAAGCAGUUCUCCGGCGGGCAGAGACAACGUCUCUCCAUUGCACGAGCCCUUGUCAGAAGACCCAGGUUAUUGUUGCUGGAUGAGUCGACGAGUGCAUUGGACGUAGAGUCGGAGAAGAAGAUCCAGGAUGCGCUUGCAACUCUUUCUGGGAGGACGACGAUUGUUGCGAUUGCGCAUCGGCUCAACACUAUCCACAAGGCUGAUUGUAUUUAUCUCAUCGACGACGGGAAGUGCGUGGAACAGGGGACGCAUGACGAGCUAGUUCAAGCAAGUGAGACCUAUAGAGCCAGUGUUAUUCAUCAGUCGUUAGAGACUUGA